UAUCUUUGCUUUGCAGCGCGGUGUGGUUCUUUUUGCUUUGCUUUGCUCCGGUUUGUGGCUCGACUGAGAAACGCUCAAAGUGUAAACAUGACAGACAAAGUCAGAUCCAUCAGAAGACGCAGAGCACCAAAGGGUUCUUCUGUGAUCCUUCCUCCAGCAACCACGCAGCCGGCGCCAUCACUCGGAAGUGCAGCUCUGGCUCCUACAGAGAGUGGGCCGGACCGAACAGGGGUCAGUGUGUGCCAUGCAGCUGUAAUGGACUCUCCAAUGAGUGUGAUGAGCUAACAGGGAACUGUGAGAACUGUCAGUUUGACACCACCGUGGAUCGCUGUGAACGGUGUAAAGAGGGUUACUAUGGAAGCGCAGCCAACAGGAGCUGCCGUGUCUGUCCGUGCCCCUUCACACGGAACAAUUUUGCCCUGGCCUGUGUGGACGUCGGCUCGGGAGUGGUUGAAUGCUUGUGUAAACGUGGUUACAGUGGAGCCAGAUGUCAGAGAUGUUCAUUCGGUUACUAUGGCAAUCCAAUGGUGCAUGGAGGCAGCUGCAAGCCCUGCAAAUGCAAGGAGGGCUUGAACAUUUGUGAUCCUCUGACUGGAGAGUGCAGCACAUCUGGUAACAGCAGUGUUCACUGCCAUGAAUGCGACAGCUGUCCUGUCGCCUUACUGGUCAACUUGGAGAAGAUGGACGAUGUCCUGGCUCGGCUGAAACAGCAGCUGCAGAAUGUCACUAUUGGUUCUGUUUCCCUCUCCAGACCGAACAACCUGGAGGCUAACGUCUCCGACACCAAGAUUCUGGUUGGGAGACACCUGGAUCCUGAGGUUGAACAGCUGGAAGCAGAUGUGGAUGUUAUCAGAGAUGGCUUUAGUCAACUGACGGAAAAGACACUUAAAACUGAAUCAGAUCUGGAGAAGUUCUUGCAGAAUGUGAAUGGACCAACGUUAAAGGCAGAGGAUCUUCUCUCUGAGGCUGAAGCUCUCCUCACACCAAUACAAGAUUUGAUAAAGCAGCAAACUGAGGUGAAACCCGGAGAGUCGGUCGCUCCCUCUGGAAACGACAAAGCCGGGAUGAUGGAGGAGGCUCAGCGCAUCGUGCAGGAAAUGAGAGUGAGAGGCUGCAGCGCUCAGAGACACAGAGCUGGCAGAGAGCAGGAGGACGCACUCAAAUUGUUGGACAUAAUCAGGAACAACACAGCAGAUCGUGUGGAAACCAACCAGUCUGUGUUUAACCAGACUGCAGACUCUCUGAUGGCCUCGGCCUCUUCUCUAAUGGAGGCGGCUGAGCUGCUGUCAGACGCAGAGGACAGAGUCGACAGGACGCAGGGCCUCAACCUGAAGGGUCAGACUGCUCUACAACACCUGGAGCAUCUUCAAACUCAGCUGGAGAGAGAACAAAGUGCGCUCCUUCCCCUGACGGAAAUGACUGAAGAUCUGCUGAAAAAUAUCACCGACAUCUUUUUAAGGCUUGAGGAAAUUAAAAAGGGAUCUGAGAAUCAUGCGGCUCAGCUGGACGGCGCUAAGACGGAACUCUUUAAGAAGUUAAACAACGUUUUCCAAAUGACGGCAAAGAUGGAAAUCGUAACCAAAGCUGAGGAGCGGAAAGAGGAGCUCAACAGAGCGGCGGCAGAAUUUCAACAAAUGCUUCGUAAUGCCACCAGCAGUACUGACCUGCUCAGCGUGCCGGGUAAAGGAGCUUAUAACAGAAUCUUAAACGGGGUAGAAAAGGCGGCAAUGGCAGCAAAUCAGUCCAGAGAGGAUGCUGAUGAAGCCUUAAAGGAUGUGAAGGAGGGAGGUCUGGUCAACAGGGCCGAAGGAUUCAAAGAUAAUUCAACUCAUUUACGCACAGAAGCCAACGAGACUCAGAGUGACCUUAAAGUUCUGUCCCAUGCGGCGAACGCCUCCAAAGAUCGUGUGAAAGGUCAGAGGGGGAAAGGAGAAACUCUGAGAACGGACAUCUCAGCCGUCAGAGACAACCUCAAAGAGAUCACAGGAGAUGACACGGACGUCCUGAUGGAGUCUGCGAAGACGGCUGCCUCGGCCUCCAACUCCACGGUGGGUAAUAUAACGGAGAGGCUGAGGAAUAUCAGCCGGGACGUGGAGAGAAUGACUCUGACCAACGUCGGUGGGAAUAUAGACGACGUGUUGGUCGACGCAGAGCAGGCAUUGAAGAACUUGAGCACAGCUCUCACUGCAUUGAGAGACAAAAUGACACAAGUUGAGGCUCUGAGUGGGAAGGCGCCUCCUAGUGGCAACACGACGGAAAGCAUCAGGGGAAUCAAGGACUUGAUAGAGGAGACAAGAAACUUUGUUAACAGGAUCUCAGUUGCCACCACUUUCAAUGGAAAAGGGCACGUUGAGCUUCGACCUCCGAGAAACCUCGAAGACGUAAAAGCGUAUACGGCCGUCGAUCUGCUUCUCAAUCGCCAUCCAAACGAUCUCUCCGGAGCCGACUUUAGACGGAGGAGACGCCAGAACAAACGAGGAGACGCCAGCUUCUUUGUUUUCUACCUGGGCAACAAGGAUGCUUCGGGAGACUUCAUUGGGAUGGCUAUCAGAAGCAAUGUGUUGAUUUGUGUCUACAAGUUGGGUGGAGUUGUCCAUGAGGUGAAAACCAGCCGCAUAAAAACAACCUCCAACGUGAACUCCUCAGACUUUGACAGGGUUGUCUUCCAAAGAGUUUACCAAGAUGCUGAAGUUAACAUCACGCAGAACUUCACCUCACAGGCGCCGAUCAGCCUCUCUGCUAAACAUAACCUUCCGGACACGACGACCGGCACCCUCGCACUGGAUCCAGACAGUGUCGUCUUCUACGUGGGCGGCUAUCCGGAGGACUUUACGCCUCCAGUGCAGCUGCAUUACCCCAAGUACAGAGGAGCGAUGAAACUCUCCUCCAUCAACGACAAUCCUGUUUGCCUGUUCAACUACAAGCGAGCCGUCAAUAUGGACGCAAAGCAGCUGCCUGUGAAGAUUCCCCGGUCAGAGGUGUCUGGUUAUUACGAGGGAACAGGUUACCGCAUGGCGUUCGUAAAAGAGCCGCACAGGAAGAAGAGAAGACUGUUCAGGUUUCACACAAAGAGCCGAGAGACAAGCGCUUUGCUGUUCUACAUCGGAAAUGAAGAGUCGUUUUUCUGCGUGUUUGUGGAGAGGGGCUUCCUGGUGCUUCAAGGACAGCAAGCAGGUCGAGAGCUCAGAGUUCAGAGCAAUGAAAGAGUGUCUCUAUUUGGCCAAGACUUUGUGAUCGUUAUUGCAGACCGGUUCAUUUUGCAAUACGGACCAGAGCAGAUCUCCACGGAUCACAAUCCAACAAACUACCCCAGUUACUACAUCGGGGGUCUGCCAGCACCGCUCAGACAGAGACACGACAUCACAGCUCCGCCGCUGAGAGGAUGUGUGGAUCGACUGAUAGCAGACGCUGAGGUCGUCGAGUACAACAGGACGAUCGGUGUCAGCGACGGAUGUCCAGUCUCGCUACUGGGUGUUCGCUCAACGACGUUGUAUUCAGCUCUGACUGUUGAUUCCUGGAGUGAGCAGCCAAUCAGAGUCUCUCUGGGCUUCAGGAGCACAGACCGACAUGGUGCUCUGCUCAGGAGCAGCUCUCAGGGCUCCACAUCUGUCCAGCUGUCCCUGGUUGAUGGUUAUGUAGUAUUCAAGAGUGAUAAUUAUACCUUGAGGUCGGAUAAAAGGUACAGUGAUGGACGCUGGCACUACUUGUCUGCAGUAAACAGGCCAACAGGGUUGGAGCUCAGCAUCGAUAAUGUAAAAGUGAUUCAGGGACAAACGCCUCAUAUCAGGCCAGUGGAUCAACAUUUGCAUGGAGGGAAAUUCAAAGGCUGCAUCGCAAACCUUUACAUAAGGAGGCCUGAGCAGAGCUUCGUACCUGCUGAUCUAAGCUCAUUUUCGGGAGACGUUGUCCUUGGACGAUGCAUUCUCCAUCCGGCACCUGCCACUGAGCUUCUACCAGCACCCGUGUUGAAAAGGACCCACAGACACAAACCUGUUCAGGCUCCGGCAGGAAGCCGUUGUAAACACCGGCGAGCCCAGCGUGAUGAACGCCAGCUCUCUGAGGAGAACAGCUGGCUCAGCUACACCCUGCCACAGCAGGACAUCAACUACAGGCCUCACUUCUCUCUUGACAUCAAGACCAAGUCGUCCAAAGGGCUGAUCCUCCAUGUGUCAGGGAGAGGAGUCCUCCCCCUGCUGGCCGUCUACAUGGCCAACGGCAAGAUCAAGAUGUCCCUCGGGCAAAACAGAAUCAUCCAGCACAAGCAGAAGAGCAACGACGGGAACUGGCACAGAGUUGAGGUCAGUGUGGAGAAGAGCACUUUUCAUAUGCUGGUUGAUGGGAUCCGUGUGGCCGAUGGACAUCUGCCCAACAAUGAGGGAUCAUCUUUAGACCUGCACAACCCUGUUUAUCUGGGAGCUGAUCCCAAAAGCAAAACCAUAAAGGGACACAACAUCCCCAUGAACAGUGUCACUGGUUGCAUACGGAGUUUCAAAAUGAACGAGGAAGUUCUCGGGGAACCUGAGGCGAGCUACAAAACGUUACCGUGCUUCGAUGGGCUCACAGAGAUGGGGACAUACUUUGGCGGCGGUCACAUCGUAUUAGAGAACUACUUCACCUUUGGCUCCCAGUUUGUGUUGGCCUUCGAGCUGCGUCCUCAACACCUGAGAGGUCUUCUCUUCCACGUUCGAGGUCACAAAGCCAGCCUUAGUGUGUUCUUAAUGGAAAGCAAGGUGGGCGUCGAUGUGGAAGUCGGUAGCGUUGCCGUCAGUGUGUCAGUGACUCCUCCCAAAAGCCUCUGUGAUGGAAAGUUUCACCUGGUUACAGUGUCCAAACAACGAGACGACAUCAAACUAGUGGUGGACUCGGUGUCUGAGCAGAAAGCCGUCCGCUUCACCUCAACAACACUGGAUACACUUUACAUCGGAGGAACAACAAAGCAGAACCGAGUCCCCGUGCCCUCCUCGCCGUUUGUGGGCUGCUUACGGAAUGUGAGGCUUAAUGGAGGACCUGUUGCUUUUGAGACGGCAUCCAGGGUGGUCGACCCCGUCAUCAUCGACAGGUGCCCUGCAGAGUAAUACAUGGGUAUUACUCCCACAGACCAUUUGGCAUCAUUACAAAGUCACAUUAUGCAAUCUCGUGAAGACGGAUUAGGGCCAGACGUCCACGUUUCUAUUCGAUGCAAUGGUGCAGUCAUAACAUUUCUUAUGUACUUUGAAAGGAUUCAAACUGUACCUGAGCCUUCUGAAGAACUUUGAGUAAAAAAGCCUUUUGUGUUUGUGUCAACAUAAUAUAAUUACAAUAUAGACAAUGCAUAUGGCAAAAUGAUAAAUAGAAUGUGAACAUAUAAUUUAUUUCACCGGGUUGUUUCAAAAAAAAUUAUGAAGGUAUUUCGACCAGCUCAAACAUUAUGUGACCUUUGACCCCUACGCACUUUGUUUUCUAAGCACCAUGUCAGAGAGACAGCUGAGGAUCCGCUUCACCGCUCAAACACAGGCUCACACACACACACACACACUGGUAUCUAUGCAGCGUUACAACGCGACAAACUCAAAGCUCUUCUAACUGGCAUACGAUUCAAACUGCUGUUCUUCCUUUGAUCAGGAGAUGGGGUGCUUAUCCUAAUGUACCGGCCUGAAUGAAACACG